UUCGACAACGACCCAUCAUGGUGCAGCCCAUAAUGGGGGACCUGCCAAGCGAUAGAGUAGAACCUUCUCGAGCUUUUAAGAUAAGUGGAGUAGAUUUCUGGGGGCCAGUGAUGUUAAAGAGUAGUUUAAGAAAAAAUGCGCCUUUAAAAAAGGCUUAUGUUAGUGUGUUUGUGUGUUUUUCAACUAAGGCCGUACAUAUUGAGUUGGUAAAUGGAUUAAGUACGCAGGACUUUAUACAAGCAUUACAGAGGUUUGUGGCUAGGAGAGGAAAAAUUAGUGUGAUAUAUUCAGAUAAUGGCACAAACUUUCAUGGUACAGAUCGUCAGUUAAAAGAGGUGUAUGAGUUAUUUCAUUCAGAAGCGCAUAAAAAGGAGUUAUUUGAGCAUUUUACAAAUGAACGUAUUGAGUGGAAGUUUAUACCUCCGCGCUCUCCACAUUUUGGGGGAUUAUGGGAGUCUGCUGUUAAAAGCAUGAAAGGGCUCAUAAAAAGAAUACUGGGCGAAUCGCAUUUAACGUUCGACGAAAUGUACACCGUGCUCACGCGCGCUGAGGCUUGCCUGAACUCACGUCCUCUCACUCCUUUGUCUUCUUGUCCAACCGACUUAACUGUGCUAACGCCUGGUCAUUUUUUAAUUGGUGAAGCAUUGACUACAUUACCAGAGAGAGACGUAAGCGAUACUCCGUCAAAUCGAUUAGACCGUUGGCGUAGAGUAAAUAAGUUUUCUCAACAAAUAUGGAAACGCUGGAGUAGCGAGUAUCUUUCACAACUUCAAACUCGCUACAAAUGGGCGAAAGAAAAGGGACCUAAACUGUCAGUGGGUUCCGUCGUCUUAAUAAAAGAAGAAAAUCUCAGCCCACUGUUCUGGCGAUUGGGCCGAGUAGUAAGUGUUAUAUGUGGUAAGGAUGGCGUGAUACGCACAGCAAGGGUAAAAACCGCUUUUGGUGAAUACUUACGAGCAGUUCGAAAUUUAAGUCCAUUGCCAAUUGAAAUCGAUUGAUUUAUUGAAAAUUUAUUGUUUGUCAAUUUAAAUAUAUUUGUAAUCCAUUUGUUAUUUUAGAAUGUUAGUUUUUUUUUGUUUUUGCAAUUUGUUUUAUGUUUUAUAUAUAUAUAUAUAUUUUUGAUUUGUUAGAUAAAUUUUAUAUUGAUUUUGGUUAAUCAAAGUGGGCGGUUUGUUUGAUAUUGGGGAAAAAACGCUAGAUAUAUUUGUUAUAGAAUAGGUGGGGG